AUGCUGCGCUCAGGCAGCGCCAUUCUGGAGAUCGCCACAAGAGGGACCGUCCAGGCGUCUAUAUGGCAGCUGCUGGGCGCUAGCGCGAACGCGGCCGCGCGCGGCGCAGCGCCCUACAGCACUAGUGUGUUGGCUGCAGCGGCGCAGCCCGCGCUCGCGACCGAUCCUCUGCAGGACGUGCUGUCCGACCAGCUGGAGGGAUUCAGGCAGGCGGGCACCUUCAAAGUGGAGCGCAUCAUCACCACACCCCAGGGCGCGGCCGUCGGAGUGCAAAACUCGAGCAAAGAGGUGCUCAACUUUUGCGCCAACAACUACCUCGGUCUGUCCAACCACCCGGCGGUGGCGGAGGCGGCGGUGGACGCGAUAAGGACGCAUGGGUUUGGGCUGUCAUCGGUCCGCUUCAUUUGCGGCACGCAGGACCUCCACAAGCAGCUCGAGGCCAAGAUCAGCGAGUUUCACGGGACAGAGGACACCAUCCUCUACCCCUCAUGCUUUGACGCUAAUGCGGGCCUGUUCGAGGCGAUCCUAACCUCGGACGACGCCGUCAUCAGCGAUGAGCUCAACCACGCCUCCAUAAUCGACGGCAUCCGGCUCUGCAAGGCGCAGCGAUACAGGUUCAAGCACAUGGACGUGGCGGACCUGGAGAGGUGCCUGCAGCAGGCGACAGACGCAGGGGCGCGCAUCAAGAGCCGCUCGCUGGCGGCCUGCUUAGCCUAA